CCUCGGCGGUGUGGUGGCGGUAGCGAUUCUGAGCUGAGGCUUGCCGGCUGAGGAGCGGCGGCGGCGGCGGCGGCGGGCAGGGAGCUCGCGGGGCGGCCGGGGCUGUGUGAGCGCGGCGGGCGGCAGCGCCCCGAGAGGUCAUGCACCAUGUCGGUCAGCGUCCACGAGACCCGAAAGUCGCGGAGCAGCACAGGUUCCAUGAACAUCACCCUCUUCCACAAGGCCUCACACCCCGACUCCGUGUUGGCCCAGCUCAACACGCUGCGCAAGCAGCGCAUGUUUACUGAUGUCACGCUCUGGGCUGGUGACCGUGCCUUCCCCUGCCAUCGCGCCGUGCUGGCCGCCUCCAGUCGCUACUUCGAGGCCAUGUUCAGCCAUGGCCUGCGGGAGAGCCGGGACGACACGGUCAACUUCCAGGACAACCUGCACCCCGAGGUGCUGGAGCUGCUGCUGGACUUCGCCUACUCCUCCCGCAUCGCCAUCAACGAGGAGAACGCUGAGUCACUGCUGGAGGCGAGCGACAUGCUGCAGUUCCAUGAUGUGCGGGAUGCAGCCGCCGAAUUCCUGGAGAAGAACCUGGGCCCCUCCAACUGCCUGGGCAUGAUGCUGCUGUCGGACGCGCACCAGUGUCGCAGGCUGUACGAGUUCUCCUGGCGCAUGUGCCUGGAGCACUUCGAGACAGUGCGGCAGAGCGAGGACUUCAACAGCCUGUCCAAGGACACGCUGCUGGACCUCAUCUCCAGUGACGAGCUGGAGACCGAGGAUGAGCGGGCUGUCUUCGAGGCUGUCCUGCAGUGGGUGAAGCACAGCCUUGAGGAGCGCAAGGCCCACCUACCUGUGCUCCUGCGUGGCGUGCGGCUGGCCCUGCUGCCGUCCAACUACCUGAAGGAGGUCGUCUCUGGCGAGGCCCUCCUCACGGCCGACGAGCGCACCCGGCCGACUGUGGACGAGGCCCUACGCUGUAAGACCAGGAUCCUGCAGAACGAUGGCGUGGUCACCAGCCUCUGCGCCCGGCCACGAAAGGCCGGCCACACGCUCCUCAUCUUGGGGGGCCACACCUUCAUGUGCGACAAGAUCUACCAGGUGGACCACAAGGCCAAGGAGAUCAUCCCCAAGGCGGACCUGCCCAGCCCCCGGAAGGAGUUCAGCGCCUCAGCCAUCGGCUGUAAGGUCUAUGUGACUGGGGGCAGGGGCUCCGAGAAUGGGGUGUCCAAGGACGUCUGGGUGUACGACACCGGCCACGAGGAGUGGUCCAAGGCCGCACCCAUGCUGAUCGCCCGCUUUGGCCAUGGCUCAGCUGAGCUGGAGAACUGUCUCUAUGUGGUGGGGGGCCACACGUCCCUGGCAGGCGUCUUCCCGGCCUCCCCUUCUAUCUCUCUGAAGCAGGUAGAGAAAUACGACCCCGGGGCCAACAAGUGGACGAUGGUGGCCCCCCUGCGGGAUGGCGUCAGCAAUGCCGCCGUGGUGAGCGCCAAGCUGAAGCUCUUUGUUUUCGGCGGCACCAGCAUCCACCGGGACAUGGCGUCCAAAGUGCAGUGCUAUGACCCCUCCGAGAACUGGUGGACCAUCAUGGCCGAGUGCCCCCAGCCUUGGCGGUACACAGCCGCCGCUGCCCUGGGGAGCCAGAUCUUCAUCAUGGGGGGUGACACGGAGUUCACGGCUGCCUCAGCCUACCGCUUCGACUGUGAGACCAGUCAGUGGACGCGGAUUGGGGACAUGACCGCCAAACGCAUGUCCUGCCAUGCCCUGGCUUCGGGCAACAAGCUCUACGUGGUGGGGGGGUACUUCGGCACCCAGAGGUGUAAGACUCUGGACUGCUAUGACCCCACCUCAGACUCGUGGAGCUGCAUCACCACUGUGCCCUACUCGCUUAUCCCCACAGCCUUUGUCAGCACCUGGAAGCACCUGCCAGCGUGAGGACACCUGCAGACCCAGCCAGAACGGGGACUGCUGUGGCGGCAAGGCGCUCAUUCCUUCUCUUCUCUGUCCUCACAGACUCUGCGUGUCUCUCCCAGCCCUGCGGCUCCCACUGUCCCCGGGGCGGGGCCUGGGCCUGGUUGCCCGGAGGUGUGGCCACGCUCUCACCCCUCCAGGGGCCGGAAGCCAACUGCUCCUGCUCUGGCAGAGGCCUCCUCGCCGCCUGGGCUGUCCUGCGCUUCAGAGCUUCAGACCAGAGGAACAAAGCCUCCCGCAUCCUGUGCCUGGGGGCCUCUCCAGCUUCAGGCACAGGGCGAGGAGCUCGAGAGAGCCUCGGGGAAGAACUCGAGCGGAGCCCCGAAGCUGCCUAUGUCAUCGAGCCCUGGACUAGGGCUGGGGUCAGGAGGGUAGUCCAGGCCGGGGUGGGGCCAGUGGGUGGCCUAGGUGGGCUUUGGUCACCCGGAACUGGCCCCCAGUCUUUGACUCACGGGCUGCCCGUGGGAGGUUUUAAUGUCACCUGACAGAUGGUACUUGGGCCUCAGGGAAGCAGGGUCUCCCUGACUGAGAGCAGGUGGUCGUCAUCGAGGAGAAAACUGAGCACAGUUUGGAGGACACCAUGGGGUGACUUCAGUGACACCACAAGAUUUCAUUAACAAAUCCACCCAGAUCCCCAAAAGCCCAGCCUGUCCCACGGAGGACCAAGUUCUAGGGUGCUGCUCCAGGUGUGGGACAGGUGCCCCUGCCCAAGGACAUGGGGACAGUGGGACUGUAGCCCUGGGGAGCACUCGGCCACCUCACCGCCCCUCCUCAGAGUCCACAGCACCACAGUCCGCAGCACUGGGCUCCGUCCCAGGAGACCACACCUCUCCAGGACAGGCCAGCUCUGAGCUAGUAGCAGAGGGGCCUUGGAGGAGUCUCAGAGUGGGGGACAGUGCCGCAGCAGUGCCCGCCAUCCUUCCUGCUGGGUAGCACUGGCUUCUCCCGUUUGUUCCCUGAGCUCAGAGAGUAAGAACAGUCCCUAGGUUUACCAGGUACUUGCCCACCGCUGUCCCCUCUGGCAUCUUGUGGAUCUCUUGUCAGUGUGUCCCCAGCAACCAGGUUGCCCCAUGCUGUCAUCUUCUGCCAAUGGCACUUUACCUGGGCAGAGGCCCCAGCUCACCCCUCACUUGACCAGGCCUGCAGAGUGGGCCGCAUUUUUACUGGGGAUUUAGGGCCACUAGGGCCCCUGUACAAAGCUGGAGCUUGAGCCCCGGUGUCUCAGGGGAAGAGGACCCGGGCUGGGCCUGCCAAAGGAGAGCUGCUCCUUGGGCUCCUCAGGCCCACAGACGCGGCCCGUGUCGCAGGCCCCCUGUGCUCUCAGCCUCCCCUCUGCUGGAGGCUGGCAGAGCAGCCAUGGCCCACAGGGACGCACACCUGCAGUGACCCUGCGUGGGGGCCUGCUUGAGAUAAGCACACGUCCCACAGCACCAAGGAUCUAGCCACGGUGCUUUCCCCAAGUUGUGAGGCUCUUACCGAGUUUUCUAACUUAAUAAAAAGAGUUGAACAAA